CACUGUGCUUCUUUGCUCGAGAGGAAGAGUUCUAGAGAGAGAAAGUAUAGGUGGAGAGAAAGAAGGCGGCGAAGCCAUGGCGGCGGGAGAUAUCGACGAUCUGCCUAAAAAUCCGGCGAACUACACGGCGUUGACGCCGCUGUGGUUCCUGGAGAGGGCGGCGACGGUUCAUCCGUCGAGGAAAUCGUUGAUCCACGGAUCCAGCGAGUACACGUGGCGUCAGACCUACGAUCGGUGUCGCCGACUCGCCUCCGCUCUCGCCGAUCGGUCCAUCGGCCCCGGUUCCACGGUGGCCAUAAUCGCUCCAAACGUGCCUGCCUUGUAUGAAGCUCAUUUUGGAGUACCCAUGUCUGGAGCCGUGCUGAACACUGUCAAUAUCCGACUGAACGCCCCAACGAUCGCGUUUCUCCUUGGCCACUCUCAAUCCAAAGUAGUGAUGGUAGAUCAAGAGUUCUUCAAUUUGGCAGAGGAAGCUCUGAAACUCAUGGAGGAGAAAUCAGGAUCCGGGUUCAAACGUCCACUCCUUAUAGUUAUAGCCGACCCGACCUGUGGUCCCGAGUCUCUCCGCCAGGCUCUGGCAAAAGGAGCCACGGAAUACGAGAAGUUUCUCGAAACUGGUAACCCCGAAUAUGACUGGCAGCCGCCUGCCAACGAGUGGCAGAGCAUCGCUCUGGGUUACACCUCCGGGACGACGGCUAGCCCGAAGGGAGUUGUGCUUCACCACCGUGGUGCAUACCUGAUGGCUCUGAGCAAUCCUAUCAUUUGGGGGAUGAGGGAAGGCUCCGUCUAUUUGUGGACUCUGCCCAUGUUUCAUUGCAAUGGCUGGUGCUUCCCUUGGUCCCUUGCUGCGGUCUGUGGGACAAGCAUAUGCCUCCGUCAGGUGACUGCAAAGGGAGUGUAUUCAGCCAUAGCCCAGUACAAGGUGACCCAUUUCUGUGCUGCGCCAGUGGUACUCAACACCAUUGUUAACGCCCCACCGGAUGACACCAUUCUCCCUCUCCCUCACACUGUCCACGUCAUGACAGCUGGUGCCGCCCCUCCCCCAUCCGUCCUCUUCACCAUGAACCAGAAGGGCUUCCGUGUCGCCCACACCUACGGCCUCUCCGAGACCUAUGGCCCGUCCACCAUCUGUGCCUGGAAACCUGAGUGGGAUUCCCUCCCGCCCGAGACACAGGCACGGCUCAAUUCCCGACAAGGUGUCCGGUAUAUCGGCAUGGAGCAACUUGAUGUCAUCGACUCCCGUACUGGCAAGCCUGUCCCACCCGACGGUAAAACAGUCGGGGAGAUUGUUUUCAGGGGGAAUAUGGUGAUGAAAGGGUAUCUAAAAAACCCGAAAGCGAACGAGGAGACAUUCGCAGGCGGGUGGUUCCACUCGGGCGAUCUUGCAGUGAAACAUCCAGACAACUACAUUGAGAUCAAGGACCGGUCUAAGGACAUCAUAAUCUCCGGGGGAGAGAACAUAAGCAGCGUGGAGGUCGAGAACGUAGUGUACAACCACCCGGCCGUGCUGGAGGUGUCGGUGGUGGCCCGACCGGACGAGCGGUGGCAGGAGUCGCCGUGCGCGUUCGUGACGCUGAAGAGCGGAUACGAGAAGCAGGACGAGAAGAGGUUGUCGGAAGACAUAAUGAGGUUCUGUCGGGAGAAGCUGCCGGCUUAUUGGGUACCGAAGUCGGUUGUGUUCGGUCCGCUGCCUAAGACGGCCACCGGCAAAAUCCAGAAGCAUAUUCUUAGGUCUAAGGCCAAAGAGAUGGGACCUGUCCCUAUAAGCAAGUUAUGAGGCGUUAACUACAAAAGGUGAAAUUUUAUAUGGUAAGUCCAUCUUUGUAAUGGUCAAUUUCAUUUUGGGGAAACCUUCUAAAGUUUGUCUCUUUUGUAAUUUGGAGUUUGAGAUUUGAGAAUAAUGAUAUGGAUAUUCCUCCUCAAAUAUACCAAUUAUUUAUUAUUU